AGUAUUCAUUGCGGUAGAUUAGUGAGCGCAGUGUGCAUGAUCAUUCAGAGCUCAGUGUUCAGCUGUCAGUGCAGUAAGGCUCAGCAGACCUGUUGUGGAAGAUGAGUUUAGCACAGGAUCCAGUGGUGAUUGUCUCUGCAGCUCGCACUGCCAUAGGCUCAUUUAAUGGUGCUCUGUCGAGCUUACCUGUUUAUGAUUUGGGCUCUGUUGUGAUCAAAGAGGUUUUAAAGCGAGCCAGUGUUAAACCUGAUGAAGUCUCUGAAGUAAUAUUUGGCCAUGUUUUGACUGCAGGUACUGGACAAAACCCCACUCGUCAAGCCAGUGUAUCUGCAGGUAUUCCCUACAGUGUUCCAGCCUGGAGCUGCCAAAUGAUAUGUGGAUCUGGUUUGAAGGCGGUCAGCCUAGGGGCUCAGUCUAUUAUUACUGGAGAAGCAGAUGUCGUGGUAGCAGGUGGAAUGGAGAACAUGAGCCAGGCUCCUCAUUUAGUGCACAUGCGAGCUGGUGUUAAAGCUGGAGAUGUUUCUCUACAAGACAGUAUACUUUGUGAUGGUCUCAAUGAUGCCUUUUACAAAUAUCACAUGGGGAUAACUGCUGAAAAUGUGGCGAAACAGUGGAACAUAUCCAGAGAGGAACAAGAUAAACUUGCUGUUGAAUCACAGAAUAGAACUGAGGCAGCACAAAAAGCUGGUUACUUUGACAAAGAGAUUAUCCCAGUUGCAGUGCCCUCCAGAAAAGGCCCAGUUGAAGUGAAAGCAGAUGAGUUCCCACGACAUGGAAGCAAUUUAGAAGCAAUGAAAAAAUUAAAACCAUAUUUUCUGAAGGAUGGAAGUGGCACUGUAACUCCGGGUAAUGCUUCAGGUAUCAAUGAUGGAGCAGCUGCUGUAAUUCUUAUGAAGCAGUCUGAAGCUCACAGAAGAGGACUUUCUUCUUUGGCACGGAUUGUUUCUUCUGCUCAAGCUGGGUUGGAUCCAUCCAUUAUGGGAGUUGGGCCAAUACCAGCAAUUAAAAAAGCGGUUGAUAAGGCAGGAUGGAGUCUAGAUGAUGUGGACCUAUUUGAAAUAAAUGAGGCUUUUGCUGCUCAAGCUUUAGCAGUGACUAAAGAGUUAGGACUAAACCCCAAAAAGGUUAACAGUCAAGGUGGAGCAAUUGCCCUUGGUCACCCUCUUGGAAUGUCUGGGUGUCGCAUUUUGAUUACCUUGCUAUACGCUUUGGAAAGAACGAGUGGAAAGAAAGGAGUGGCUGCUCUUUGCAUUGGAGGUGGCAUGGGAAUUGCAAUGUGUGUUGAAAGAACAUGCUGAAUUAACCAUUUCCCAGCUGAAAUUGUCUGUGCAUUAUCACCGUAUAAUUUCACUAAUUUGAAACGAGAUGCAAGACAUUUAAAGCUAUAUGGAGGAUUUACCAAAACAUUCCACAUAUGAUUAUUCUGCAUGGGUGUUGCUAGCGCAACACAAGACCACAAAUCCAGUUGUUUAAUAAAUGUUUUAAGAAAAACUAA